AUGCAUCCCUUCGCGUCCUAUGUACUGCGAAGCUACUACCAAGCAACGGGAUGGAACGAGGACAACCUGUAUGCCAAUCUCACUCGGUCAUCUAAUGCCAUUCUCGACUUCACCGUGCCCCGAGGGCUGCACUUCUCCAUCUCCAAGUCGCCAAACCCGUUGUUUAAGACAACCUACUCCAUGAAUGCGCUUCCGUCGCUAAACGGGUCAGUGGGGUACAUAUUCACGUCCUGCGAUCUGGAUGUGAAAGGCUCCGGAGACGUGCGUUUCAAGGACAUGAUAGAUCGCUUCAGAGUUUACGAUCAGCCUCGGAGGCCGGAAGGGAAGGAAGAAGAGUGGCUUGCGGGUGAGCGGGUCGACACUCGCGACUAUCUACUCUAUGGACGAGUAUACAUCCCUACUGGACGACUUGACGCUCUUUACUCCACAAGACUCUCUCCAACGUUGCAAGCAAUGGUUGCUGCCAUAUCUGAUCCUCGAACCAAUGUCUUUGCGGAAUCAACGCGGGGACCGAAUGUGCCUGCAAAUAAUGUCAUGUUCAGCCUGCAGCACGACACUGGCAAAUGGUGCACCGAGUACACGUGGAGUGCUGAAGAUGGCAUGUGGGGGGUACGAUGUCUGCACAACUUCGGAAAGAUUGGCGGGUCUAGUGAAUGCACGGAUGAAAGUGAGAAAUCUACUUCUGCGCCUGUGAAGUCGCAGUCGGAAAAGCGGAUAGAUGAAGAAGACGCGAUGGAAGGUGGCCUGAAAGGGCGCAUAUCAGCGGGUGCUGAGUUCUACUUCAGUGCUAAAGAGAAGAGUGCUGGAGUAUCCACUGGCAUCAGGUUCACCACACUACCUGAUGCCACACCUCCAUCGGCACAACUGCCCGGUCCUCAUUGGUCAUCCUCAUCGUCACGAGGGCCGCCGUCUCAGCCGCCAACAACAAUCACAGCGCUGUUCAAUCCGAUGCUCGGCCAUAUCUCCGGCGCAUAUGCAGCACGGGUCUCUCGUGACCUUUCCUUAUGUUCUCGCUUUGACUUCAAUGUGUACAGCUAUGAGAGCGAAUGGUCCAUCGGUGCGGAGUGGUGGACAAGGCGCCGCCAAGGGAUGUUCUCUCCUGCAACCCCCGCGACGGACGCGUCGCCUUCUGACAGUUCACAGCAGCCUGCACCUGAGCCAGAUGCCGUGUCAGGAGUUGUCAAAGCGCGCGCAUCCACUACGACGGACAUAUCGCUGCUCUGGGAAGGACGUCUACAGAACAUAUUGGUCAGCCUCGGUGUUGUCUCCAAUCUGACCAGCAGGUCAAAACCAAUCAAAGCCAUUGGACUUGAAUUAUCAUACUUCAGCUCGGGGUAG